CGUCCUUGAACUUUAAAGUUUUGUAAAUCCAGUCGACCAAGGAAUAUGAAGCAGACCAAGAACAACAGGUUCCUACUUCUCUAUGCAUCCCAGACAGGGCAGGCCAAAGCUAUUGCAGAGGAAAUCAAUGAGAAUGCGCCUCAACAUGGUCUCAACCCAGAACUUCAUUGUAUCAGCCAAACAGAGAAAAAGUUUUCAUUAGAGAGGGAAUCCUGUGUUGUUAUAGUAACAUCAACAACUGGUGAAGGGGAACCACCAGAUACAGCUCUUAAGUUCUGGAGACGGCUGAAGAAAAAGACAUUACCAGAUGAUCACCUCAGCAAAGUCAACUAUGCCCUAUUAGGUUUGGGAGAUAGUAACUACACUAACUUCUGUAACAAUGGAAAGAACUUUGACAAGCGUCUCAAUGAGCUUGGGGCAAAGAGAUUCUAUGAAUGUGGCUGGGCAGAUGAAGCUGUGGGAUUAGAAGUGAAGGUUGAGCCUUGGAUAGAAGGACUAUUCACCACAUUGAAGACAUUCCUGAACUUAAAUUGCAAUAAUGAGCAUGCUCCUUUAAACGGUGCCUCAAAUAUUGAAACUGAAGAGUCAAAGUCAACUCAAAUUACAGACUCUCAUGUCUAUAGCUCCUCUAAGUGA